AUGAGCCCGAGGGCGGGCGCGGAUCCGGCCGCCCACCCGGCGCCAGCCGCGUCGCCGGACAUCUUGGCCCGCCUCGCCGCGGACCUCGACGCCGCGCAGGAGGCGCGGGCGGCUCUAGCGCGCCGCCUCGAGGCCGCGCUCGAGGCGAGGAAGGAGGCGGUGCGGCAGGGCGCGGCGCUGGACGAGGCGAGGCGGCGGCUGGACGUGCUCCGUGCGCGCGCGGACGAGCUCGCCGUGCGGAAGCGCAGGGCCGCCGAGGGCGUCGAGCGCCGCAAGGAGCAGCUCCAGGCGCAGAUCGGCCGGGUGCUGCCGCUCUCCAGGGCCCUCGCCGCCGCGCACCGGCGGGUGCAGGAGGCCAGAGAGGGGCUAUCUGGGGAGAAGGCGCGGCUCGGGGAUCUGCAGAGGCUGCUCAGGACGAAGCAGCGGUGUAUGGUGAACCAGGUCGCCGCCCUGUACCCUGUCAGGGUCUUCCGUGAGCCGCCGGUUGCAGAAAACCAUGGAGAACACGCAACACUUCCAGAACAGAAUGGUGUGCUUCCACAGGAGAACGGAAACGGGACGCACUUGCUCGGUGUUGCCAAACCUCCACAACUUCGUCACUUCACGUUUCUUGGUUGGCAAAUUGCAAGGCAUAAAACGAAGCAGCAGAGUUACACUCACACAGACCUUCAGAGAUCCGCGGCUGUCCUGGGAUAUGCAACACAUGCAGUAUUGCUCAUAGCCUCAUAUCUUGAUGUUCCCCUCCGGUAUCCUUUGCACUUUGGAGGAUCACGAUCUUAUGUCAGCGAUCGUUUGCCUUCAGCUGAAACAUCGUCUGUUGCUUCAGCAGAACAUCCGAGCAUCAGCAGUGCCGAUUCAAAACUAACAGAUUAUCCCCUUUUCUUGGAAUUCCAAGAUGACUCUACUAGAGCGUCCUACGCCAUUUACUUGUUGCACAAGGACACGGAGCAGCUUCUGAACUACAUUGGAGCCGAGAGUUCUGGAAGGAAUGUAUUUGGUAACCUGCGGGAGCUUAUUAGGAUUAUACAGUCAGAUGAGUAUUUGUACAUAUGACCAUCGAAUCCACGACAAUUGCGGGUUUGGGUCACUUAUGCUGUAGAUAUGGUAGUAUAUGCAGAUUCAAGUAGGGUGUUCUUUUGUGUGAUUCUUGCCUACUUUCGCUGUGCCGAGUUUUUUGUAUGCAUAGCAAAGAGGGGCAUUACAUAUGGGGUUUUACAUUAGCAUAAGCCUCUCCAUGUAUAUGUUUGAGGUUUCUGGGUACUACCUCUGAGGCUAUUGUACACAAAACAUUAUGAGUUAAUAUCAAAAUUGCAUUUUUUUCUCUCUGUCCAUUAUGCUGCUCUCAUUGUCACAGUGGACUUCGAAACUCAAAAUCUACUUCACCUAUUCAAACGCAAGAAGUUUACAAAACCAUGAUUGUUCUGAAUGGUUCCCAUAUACAUUUCAGCAUACCAAAUAGGCUCGCUCUACCAAACUCUUUGCCGAUUUGGUGUUUUGAGCAUGGUUAUCACUACCUUCACGACUGAUUUAAGCAUAAGCUCUUUUUUUUUUUACUUUAUAAAGAAUCAUGAUGUUUUUAUGUGAACAAUUUAUAAACACUUCUAGAGCAGAAUGGUGUGCUUCCACACGAGAACGGAAACGGGACGCACUUGCUCGGUGUUGCCAAAUCUCCACAAGUUCGUCACUUCACGUUUUUUGGUUGGCAAAUUGCAAGGCAUAAAACGAAGCAGCAGAGUUACACUCACAAGGAGCUUCAGAGGUCAGCAGCUGUCCUGGGAUCUGCAGCACAUGCAGUAUUGCUCAUAGGCUCAUAGCCUCAUAUCUUGAUGUUCCCCUCCGGUAUCCUUUGAGCUUCGGAGGAUCACGAUCUUAUGUCAGCGAUCGUUUGCCUUCAGCUGAAACAUUGUCUGUUGCUUCAGCAGAACAUCCGAGCAUCAGCAGCGUCGACUCAAAACUAACAGAUUAUCCCCUUUUCUUGGAAUUCCAAGAUGACUCUACCAGAGCGUCCUACGCCAUUUACUUGUUGCACAAGGACACAGAGCAGCUUCUGAACUACAUUGGAGCCGAGAGUUCUGGAAGGAAUGUAUGUGGUAAUCUGCGGGAGCUUAUUAGGAUUAUACAGUCAGAUGAGUGUUUGUACAUAUGACCAUCGAAUCUGCGACAAUUGCGGGUUUGGGUCACUUAUGCUGUAUAUAUGCUAGUAUAUACAGAUACAAGUAGGGUGUUCUUUUGUGUGAUUCUUGCCUACUUUCGCUGUGCCAAGUUUUUUGUAUGCAUAGCAAAGAGGGGGCAUUGCAUAUAGGGUUUUACAUCAACAUAAGCCUCUCCAUGUAUAUGAUUGAGGUUUCUGGGUAUUGCCUCUGAGGCUAUUGUACACAAAGCAUUAUGAGUUAAUAUCAAAAUUGCAUUUUUUUCCCUCUGUCCAUUAUGCUGCUCUCACUGUCACAGUGGACUUCGAAACUCAAAAUCUACUUCACCUGUUCAAACGCAAGAAGUUUACAAAACCAUGAUUGUUCUGAAUGGUUCCCAUAUACAUAUCAGCAUUCCAAAUAGGCUCGCUCUACCAAACU